AUGGCCUCGGAGAACAAAACCAUUCCGGCUGAUUUGGCCAUUGGAGUCCUAGGAAAGUGGAAAGAGACUUACGGAUGGAUACCGAUAUUUGGUGCCAUUGCUGCAAUCGCUAUGGCAUUUUCAGCUGGUGCCAACAAUCUUCCUGCUCCGUUCGCAACGCCAGUAGGGUCGGGGGCAUUGACCCUUUUCAAGGCCUCAAUAAUGGCUGCCAUCAUCUCUGUUCCUGGAGCAGCUUUCGACAGCAGCAGUGCUGUUGAUGCUCUAUUUUCUGAUUUUCUUAAAGAAAGUCAGCCAAGUGAAGCUUUCUUGAUGUGGAGUUUUGUAGUUGUUCUCAUCACUGCAACAAUAUGGCUAGCACUUGCAACAUACUUCGAGUUACCUGUAUCAUCCCAGCAAUCUACAGAGGGUGCACUCUUAGGAACCAUGCUUGUCACUGAAGGUUUUAGCUUCAUACCCAUGUGGAACAAGAAUGAAAAUCAUAAUUUCAAUGGUGGAGGACUGCUUUGGAUUGCCCUUGAAUGGACUCUUGCUCCAUUGCUAGCAUGUGCAAUGGCAUUCUGCCUCUUCGUUGUCCUGAAGACUUCUUUGCUUCGCCAUGAAAAUGCAGAGAAGAGGAUUCUUAUUUUUCUACCAAUUUAUCAUGGAAUAGCUGCAGGACUGCUAUGCCUCUUUAUCAUGUAUCAGGUCCUAUGGCGUGUUGUAACUGUGUAUAAAUGGGCUAUCAUAGUUGCUGUUGCAGUAGCCACUUUGAUUGGAGCUCUAUUAUCUUUGGUUGUGGUGGUUCCUUUGGUUAGAAGGAAAUUCUCUUCUGCCCAAACUAUUAAGACCAUCAGAAAAGACAAGUCUCUGAAGCAUCCAUGUGCAGAAAGUCAAGACCAAGUAUGCAAUGGAACAACGGAUGACGAUAUUAAUUUUGAUGAAGCAUUUAGGGAAUUCAUGCAGAUGAGAGUCCUUGACACUGUACAUGAAGAGGAUGAGAGGAGCUGGGCAUCACCAGAAACAAUCCCAGAGCCUGAACAUGUCCAGCCAGCCUCUCACUCAACUACAGGACAAUCUACUCCAUUCAAACAGCUUCUUGAGUCUAGCCCAAAUCACUUGGUCCAAUCAAGAAACUUUCAAAAGAUUCACAAAACAACAGCAUAUGAAAAUGUCUCCAAGUUCAUUACAGAUUUUAAAAACUCCACCCUUUCCCCCGUUAUCGAAUUUGACAGACAUACUCUUAUUCGACAUGCUCAAGCUGAAAAUUUUGAUGAGAUGGAAGACUUCUUCAGUUUCCCACAGCUUCUAGCUUCAUGCAUCUUUGCGCUCAUUCAAGCUGCUAGUGAGGUUCCUGCAAUUUUGAGUCCAUACGGAGCUAUUGCGGAUGUGUAUAUGCAUAGAGAAAAAUACUCCAGAAACGGAGAAGAAGUGGGACCUAUACAAGUUACCCGGUGGUUUAGAGCAAUUGGUGGAUUCAGUGCCUCAAUGGGAUUCUUUCUGUGCGGGUGGAGGCUCACUCAAUGCCUUGGUGGCAGGUUAACAUACAUCAGUAACUCAAGAGGGUUGGCUUCACAACUGGCUACUGUGGCAACAAUGAUCACUCUGCCCAGAAUCAGACUCCCUGUGUCAAGCACCCACGCUUUUAUCGGAUCUUUAGUUGGAGUUGGGAUUGCAGAUGACCCUCGAAAUGUGAAUUGGAAGCUACUGUUGAAAUUCUUUUGUGGGUGGAUCCUCACCAUACUAUUCUGUUGUGGGACUGCUUACGGGAUCUUCUCCAUAUCAAUACACUCCCCUGCCUAUGUUGUGCCCUGAAACCAUACAUCUUUCCUAGUUUCAUUGUAGGUUGUAUACUUAUAUUGAGUUUGAUGAUCACCAGAUAUGGCCAUUUUCCCCAGAUAACUACAAUUUCUUUUAUUCAUUUGAAUGCAUAUUGAUAUCAU